CAAAAUACAUUUAUUAUCAAACUAUAUGUUACUAUAUGCUUCCUUGACAUUUAUUGUCUUGCAGAUAUUUACACGAAAAUAAAGAAAUGCAAUAGAAUUUAUGAAACACUAUACAUAACAAAGACUGACAAACACCAAUGUACAAAAUAAGACAAAUCAUGAAAAUAAUAAAAAAGUAAAUAAAUAAUACCAAGAACAUGAGUUGUAGAACACUUGGAAGUGAGCCUAUAGAUUGUUCAACGUCGAGGUGGGUGAAGUUAUCCAUUCUGGAUCAGGAGUCUGAUGGUCGUAGAUUAAAAACGUUCCUGAACCUGGUGAUGUGGGACCUAAGACUCCCGAACCUCCUGCCCGUUGAUAGUAGGUACUAUAGGAUAUGGAUAUUACAUAGGAAGGAGGGAUUUGUUAAGUUGUGCAUUACUUUGCAAAUUUAACUACAAACGUUUGUAGUUCAGCACAACAUUGUAGAGUGAAGGUUCUGUUCCUAUACCAUACAGUUCCAGGUGUUAAUUGCAUGAUGAGAAGUUUCCUAACGUCAUCAGUGUGAGGUGGUUUGUACUUUUGUUUUCUUUUGCAUGCUUGACUGAUAUUUAUAUGAUAAGUUGAAAUCCUACAAAUUGUAUUUACAAUAUUAUUGUCUCCGCAGCUAAGUUUAGUGCUAAAAAGAUCGUAAUUAUAAAUUUUCUAAUUAUUUUCUUUGAAAUAACGUUUGUCUAACAGUAACAUUGCUAAUAUCUUCUACUGUUUGACUAUUUUUAUAACCGUAUUUAAUUAUGUACAUUAAUUUUUACAUUAGCCACAAACUUAGCAUGAAAAGAAUGCUACAUUUCAAAUAAUUUUGAUUUUGUAAAUUUCAAGUGAAAUGUAAUAUGUGAGAUCGACAAUAUAGAUUAAAGUUUUAGUGUUGUGAGGAGUUGAGGGCAUUGCUAGUUUUUGAAUGAAAUUGUAUUUUAUUUUACAGGUGAUGGCUGAAAAUUAUGAUGAAUGGCUUUCUCUUCAACCACGUGAACCUCUGCCUACUCAGUGUUGUGGUAGUGGUUGUAAUCCCUGUGUAUUUGAUAUUUAUGAGAAGGAACUCAUGCAAUGGAAGCAGGCAAGAACUAAAGGAGUUCAACAUUUUCUGAGUAAGGAUAAUGAGUCAAACCAGAAUGAUUUGCAGUUAAUUGCAGCUGAGAACUGGAGCGCUUUUCAGAUAGUAUAUGUGGAGCAGCAGGCAGCCGAUACUUAUUUAUAUAGAUUCCAGCUUCCCAGUGGCUGCUGUCUUGGAUUGACUGUGGGGCAGCACAUUGUGGCAAAGGGCAUUAUCAAUGGUCUGGAGGUCCAAAGAGCAUAUACUCCAGUGAGUCCUGUGAAUGCAGAAGGUUAUUUUGAAGUUCUGAUAAAGAUCUAUAAAGAUGGAUUAAUGUCUCAACAUGUAAAGACCUGGAAGGAGACAGAUACUGUUUGCUGGAGGGGCCCUUUUGGAGGGUUUCCAUACAAACCGAAUCAAUAUGAGCAGCUUCUGCUAUUUGUCUCAGGAACUGGUAUUGCUCCAAUGGUACCUCUGCUCCAGUAUAUUGUGGCAGAUGAGGACGAUGAAACUUUUGUUACCCUGGUUGGCUGUUUCAGGACCUUUCAGGAUAUCUACAUGAAACCUCAACUCCAGGAACUAGCCGCUUACUGGAAUGUGAAAACCUUGUUUGUUCUGAGCCAGGAGCACGAUAUGAAACAUCUUCUGAGGAGUUACCAGGAAAAAACUUACCUUGGACGUAUAAAUGGUGAUUUGGUGAAGAAUUUUGUAAACUCGUGCAGAAGGAAACCAUUCAUUUUGAUUUGUGGAUCCAUCACAUUCAGUAAAGAUAUCCUUAACUAUCUCAGCAAGUUAGGCCUAUCAGAAGAUUUGUACUUUGUGUUUUAGACGACUAGAACCUUGUUACUGUGGAUUCAAUUCUGCAACAACAAAGAAGCCUCUGUUAUUAUUGGAAGACUCUACUCUAAAGACUUAAACCAAUAAAAUUGAGCAGAACUCAAUCCUAGAAAUUAGAAGAAGUGCAUGUGUACAGAUUACUGAAUAACAAGGCUAAGGGACCAUCAGUGGUUCUAAGUAGCAUAAUCCAUGAGAAUUAAUUGAGGGAUUUGGUAAAAUUAUGGUAAGUCUAUAAUUCAACUGAACUGUUUAACUGUACAGUGAACACUCAUACUUGUACUGACAAGCCAUUAUUCUUUUUCUGCUUUUCUUACUGAUGGCACACUUGUGCAAGAAUGUAAUCCCAAAGAUAUCUGUCGCUGUUCAGAAUCAAUGAUAAAUCUCUAUGAUCUGUGGAUUCCACGAUGCUUCAGGGUUGCCUGAAGCUGCAUCUAAAGAAAAUGAGUUUCACUGAAAUAAUUUAUAAAAUUGUAAACCUUACACCUUUCUGUAAAUUUCCCAGUCACAGUUUAAUUGAAGAACACAAGAAAACAGGAGCAGAAGUAAGCCGCCUGGCUGAUUUGCUGAUCUCAACUCCUCUGCCCGUUCUACAUAGUCCUCAAUUUCCCAGUCUUUCAAAAAAUUACCUUCUUCCUUAUAUACCACCAAUAUCUUAGCCUCCACAAACUUCUAGAUAUAGAAUUUCAGAAACCCACCACCUCUUCG